AUAACUGGUCGUCCUAACAGCGGCUGACCCAGUGGUGCAGGGAAUCACAGCAGGAGACAAUAUGAGGAGACACUGUGUUCUCAAACAUGGGAUACUUAAGGAAUUCCUGGCGGAGUUCCUGGGGACCUUCGUCUUGGUGCUGUUUGGCUGCGGCGCCGCGGCCCAGACGGCCCUCAGCAGGAACACCCUGGGCGAGCCGCUCACCGUGCACAUCGGCUUCUCCCUGGGCCUCACCAUGGCCUGCUACGUGGCGGGAGGAGUCUCAGGGGGUCAUGUGAACCCGGCCGUCUCACUGGCCAUGGUGGUCCUUGGCAAACUCAAGAUCUGGAAGUUCCCCAUUUACGUCCUCGCACAAUUCCUGGGUGCCUUUGCCGGGGCGGCAGCCGUGUUCGGCUUAUACUACGACGCCUUCAUGGACUUCACCAGUGGGAUCCUGUCAGUGACCGGCAUCAACGCCACAGGUCACAUCUUCGCCUCCUACCCUGGACGACACCUGUCAAUCCUGGGCGGCUUCCUCGAUCAGGUCAUCGGGACCGGGAUGCUCGUGGUGUGCAUCCUGGCCAUCGUCGACGGGGGGAACAUCGGAGCCCCUAAGGGCGUGGAGCCGCUGGCCAUAGGCCUCAUCGUCAUGGCCAUCUCCGUGUCCAUGGGGCUCAACUGUGGCUACCCCGUGAACCCGGCCCGCGACCUGGGCCCGCGCCUCUUCACAGCCGUGGCCGGCUGGGGCAUGGAGGUCUUCAGCACCGGCGACUACUGGUGGUGGAUCCCAGUGGCCGGGCCCCUGGUGGGGGGCCUGGUUGGUGCGGCCCUCUACUACCUGCUCAUCGAGCUCCACCACCCCCAGCAGCCCCCCCCCUCGAGCCCCGAGGAGCCGGAGAAGACCCCGGAAGAGGAGGACGAGGAGGAGGAAGAUGAGGAAGACGACAGUCUCAAGGACAAAUAUGAGAUGAUCGCCAUGAGCUAAGAAGUGUUGCUAUCAUAUAACAUCAUACCAUGAUGACAUAACAUGAUGACAUUACAUUAUAACAUACCAUUAACCAUAACCAAGAUGAUCACCAUGAGUUUGGCAAUAACAUCACAUAAUAACAUAAUGGUCAUGUAAUAUAUGUUACAUGAAAAAGAACAUGACCAUGAGCAAAUUGUUGUAGCAUUUACAUAGGAACAUCAAUUUACAUCCUAACGUAUUAACAUACAAUGACAAAGUAGCAUGAUAACAUUAUAAUGUUACUAAGAUGAUCACCAUGAGCUAAACGGUUUUGCAAUAACAUAACAUCAUAACAUGCCAUUAUAACAUAGCAUGAUAACAUACCAUCGUGACAUAACAUAAUAACAUACCAUUGUAACAUUACAAUCUAGAUGAUCCCCAUGACCUUAAUGGUGUGGGUAUAACAUAACAUUACAUUAACUUAUAACAUAACAUAUUAACAUAACAUUAUAACACCACAGCAUACAAUUAUAACAUACCAUGAUAACAUAACACCACAACAUAACAACAUAACAUAACACCACAACAAAGCAUCAUAACAUACAAUUAUAACAUAACAUAUUAACAUAGCAUUAUAAUGACACAACAUCAUAUUAUAGAAUAACCAAGAUGAAUGCCAUGAGCUACACGAUGUGGCUAACAUAAUAUCACACAAUAACAUUACUUCGUACCAUACCAUAAUAUUAUAUCCGAACAAAUAAACAUAAUUUCAAGACAUAACUGUGAUGAUCACCAUGAGUUGGACAGUAUGGCUAUAACAUAACACCAUAAGAGACCAUUAUAACAUAACAUUAUAACAUACAACAUCACACCAUGACAUCAUACCGAGGUUUAUUGCCAUGGGUUAAACAUUGUGGCUAUACAUAAUAACAUAAUAACAUAGCAUUAUAACAUAACAUAAUACAAUAUCAUUAUACAAUAACAUAACUGAGAUGAUCACCAUGAGCUAAAUGGUGUUGCUUUAACAUAACUUCAUAACCUACCAUUAUCACAUAACAUAAUAACAUACCAUUAUAACAUCAUACCCUAAUUGAUGACCAUGAGCUGAACAGCAUUGCUUUAAAAUAACACCAUAAUAUACCAUUAAAAUAUAAGAUAAUAACAUGACAUAACUGAGAUGAUCUAGACAGUGAGUCUAUAACAUGACCCCAUAACAUCAAAACAUACCAUAAUAACAUGAUAUAAUAACAUAACCUCAUAACAUCAAACCUAAGCUGAUCCCAACUGAAAAUUGUGGCUAUAACCAUAACAGUAUUUGAACAUAAAAUGAUAACAUUAUAAAAUAACAUUAUAACAUAACUGGGCCUAUCUUGCUAACAUAACUAUGGUCACACUCUGCUUUCUUAACAUGCUCUCCAGUUCUAAAUUGGUUUGAGUUUAUUUUCAGUUACUGACGAUUGCGCAAACUUUCAACAAGACAUUGUGCAUAAAAUACAUUUUCAAGACAAAAGUCUGCAACAAAAAUGUUGGCUCAAUUCAUACUCCUUUUGUUUUUCAAUCUCAGAAAAGUCCUGAAUAUCUAUUAUUUAAGAAGAUUUGUGUUGUAAAUACUGUCUUGUAAAUAAGAGUGAUAUGUGGAAUAGCCUGCACUAGAAUGCACUAGAUUUGAGAGCAGUCAUUUUCUGACACAUGAAUGUGGUUCCUAUGUUAUGCUCAUCUUGUUAAUAGGUGAUAUUUAGGACUGUAGUGCUCUAUUUACUUGCAUGCCCUUUUCUCUGUUGUGGUUAAUCAUUUAAAAAUAAUUCCCUGACGAGGUCUAUCUUAAAGAGUCUUGCCUUAAUAAAAAAAGGGUUUGAAAUUAAUUUAUUCUUUUAAGUAUGUCAUAUGUCAAAUCAUGGGCCCCAUUGACCUUAACCUUACUAAUAAAAACAGUUUGGUAUAACAUUGCCAUCAGUGACAGACUGCAUCUUCUAAUGUUGAUGUUCAUCUUAUGUAUGUAUGAAGGCCUAAAGGAAAAUAAAACAUAUAAAAGUACCCUGCAAGGCAAUGCAACUUUAUUUAUAUUUUAACACUUUUCAUAUACAGAGCAGACUCAAAAUGCUAUAGAUAUAGUUAACUGAUUCAUUUAUUUGCAGAAUAGUUAGAGCAUAAUCCUACAAACUACAAUCUUUCAUUCUUUUAACGUGCAUAGCCUCUUUGGUCAUGAAUUAGACAAGGGGUUGUAUGCUUUAUCUUGGAGACACUCGAGGACGGUGACAUCAUUACAAUCAGAGACAAGGCCGGUCUGUGUUCAUCUGACAUCAUCCACUGGACCACUCAGAGGAGCUUCAUUGGGUUUCUCUCCACUGGUGCAUUGUUUUGGACACAGAGCAAAAGGAGAGUGCUGUGAGAAGGGGUUACAUGGUGGCCAACACGUGGUCCCCCGGUCACUGCUGACUCCAACAUACUGUACAACAUACUGUGCCACUGUGGCUUGUUACAUUGCACACGUCACAAAUUGCCCAACCCGUGAUUGGACAGAAGGAUCCACAUUGAAAAUCAAUGUGCUGUCACAUUCCACUGCGUUAACGUGUUUCCACCGUGACGGUAGGCCUACAAUCUACUACCAAUGUUACAGCAUCAACUGACAGCCUUUUGUCAAUUCAUUUCCUCUUCUACCAACGACAAUAAUUUAAUGUACAAAUAAAGAUGCAAUUUUGAAUGCAAAUUAAUGGAUGAGAAGAAAUAAUAAUUAUUUCAGUCUUAACAACAAAUGUGUUUUGUUGGCGGGUGUAAUAAACUCAGGGUUCAGGUCACCAUGCUGCUUGUGUCGCUCUCUGCCGGCCAUAAAUCAUCACUGCAUCACAAAUUCAGGAGGAAGGAAACAAGGACAUAUACGAGGAUACGAAAGGAUGCUUCAUGUUCAUCAAGUCGACGUGGUAACACAUCUCAGAAGGAAAUAAUUAAAAAGCCCAAGGCCCAUUUCAUAGGGAGUCAAAGUAAUGAGUUGAGGCCAUUGCCUCCUUUGUUGUUGGCUCAUGAACACACCAAUGUGAAACAUCCAAGUAAGGGAAUUUAUGGACAAGAAAUAUAUAACAUUAACGGGAACUGUUGAAAAUGAGGCAGAAUUAUCCAAGAACCAAAUGAGAUCAGUCAGGAGAGACAUUAAACAGGGGGCUAGUUUAUUUUGAUCGAGUCUUUUAAUUAAUGCAUUUCAAGUACUCCAAAAAAUUACAUCUCUUUGCACAAUACAAUUAGAUUUUUUUCUUUUUUUCUUUUUAGUAAAAAUGUUCAAAGUGAACAAAAAUUUCUGAUACUGUAUAAAACACAGUGAACAUUAAAAUCAGACAGUAGUUUUAACUUUUUACUCUUGUGUUCUUUCGGCCUACAUCACCUACAACAUUUCAACUCAAUUUGGACAUUUCAGUGCACGUUUAUUCAAAACUAGAAUCAAGACUAGAAAAUAAAAAUGGAAAGUCAAAUUUACAGGCAUUUUUUUCACCUCCCCACACCCUUGCCACAGAAUAAGACAAAAUUAAAAAUGCAACAAUAAAUCCAUUACACUGAAUGUUUUUUUUCUUUCUUUUUUCCAUUGACGAUGGGUGGAGGAAAGGUAUUAUAAUCAAAUCUUAUUUGAACUAGCACACAUAGUAACAUGAAUAACUUAUAAGAGAGGUUUAUCACACAUGAACAUCUUACUCCAGAAUUAGAUUACAAAAAAAAAACACGUAUCAAAAUGUAAUUUUCAUCCUCAAGUGAAAUGCAAAUUCUCUAGGUUCUGUACAAGUUUAUAUUUAUAUAGCCCAGGCUCACUGUAGGGACGGAGCCUCGACAAUGGAAUCAAAAAGAUGUCCCCGCUCUGCACAGACCACGUCGAUGAGGACAACCUUCAACCUUCAAAACCCCCUUCCUCACUGAUGUCACAUAAACGGCCAACAGGGACAAGCUCAGUAGUCACAAUGCUCUUAUUUGAUCACUGCAACACGAUGGGUGU